UCUUCAGUAGGAUUUAGGAGGAGGGUGAGGCUUCAGCUGGGUUUUGAUUUACUGCAGCUUUACUGAGCUUUAACUUUAAUUGGAAACUUCAUUAAUUACCACAUUCUCACUCUGUACUAUGGGAAAAGCAGGAAUCUGGCUGCUGCUCAUUGGAAUUUCCUUGGUUUCCUGCGACUCCCAGUCUAAUCCCACUCAGACACCUGCUGACAGUAACACUACCAGCUGGAUUGAAGACUACAGCGACAUUCAGUCCAAGUUCUCGUUGCGACACACUGAGUUUCCAGACGAGGACGUGUGCUACCUCGUGGCCGGGGACGGACAGACGGUUUCAGACUGCGGCUUUAAGAACGACUCCCAGACCUUUCUGGUGAUCCAUGGCUGGUCGGUGGCUGGACUGUUUGAAAGCUGGAUCCAUAAGCUAGUAUCUGCCCUGUUUGAGCGUGAGCCCGGUGCCAAUAUCAUUGUGGUGGACUGGCUGGACCGAGCCAGCCAUCAUUACCCCACCUCAGCCGAAAACACCAGACUGGUGGGCAGAGACGUGGCCAAGUUCAUCAACUGGUUGGAGACUCUAGAUUACCCACUCGAGAAGCUGCACGUGUUGGGGUACAGUCUGGGAGCGCACGUAGCGGGCGUCGCAGGGCAUCUCAGCAACAAUAAAGUCAACAGAAUCACAGGUCUUGACCCAGCUGGCCCAACCUUUGAACAUGCUGACACACUGAAACGGCUGUCCCCAGAUGAUGCCAAAUUCGUGGACGUCCUUCACACCAACACCAGGGGCUCGCCAGACCUGAGCAUCGGAAUCCAGAGAACCGUGGGUCAUGUGGACAUUUACCCCAACGGGGGCACUUUCCAGCCUGGCUGCAACAUUCAGAACGCCAUGAGGAUGAUCGCUACCCACGGCCUGUUCAACAUGGACCAGUUAGUGAAGUGCUCUCAUGAGCGCUCAGUGCACUUGUUCAUUGACUCGCUGGUAAACCAGGAACAGCAGAGCAUGGCUUACCGCUGCAACUCCAAAGAGGCCUUCUACAAGGGCAUGUGCCUGAGCUGCAGGAAGAACCGCUGCAACAAAGUCGGCUACAACGUCAACAAGAUCCGCUCAACCAGGAGCACCAAGAUGUACCUCAAAACGCGGGAGAUGAUGCCCUUUAAGGUUUACCAUUACCAGAUCAAACUGCAUCUCUUCAGCCUGAAGAACAUGACUCUGGAAAACCAGCCUGUGAAAAUAUCACUGUAUGGAACACAUGAUGAGAGAGAUGAUAUCCCUGUAGUUGUGCCCAGUAUGAUCACCAACACAACCAUCUCCUUCCUGGUGACCUCUGAUGUGGAUGUAGGGGAACUGCUGAUGCUGAAGGUCCAGUGGGAGACGGACUCGUACCUGCCCAACUUCUUCAGCGCAAACCACUUCAUGAUCCGCAGAAUGAGAGUUAAAUCUGGAGAGUCACAAGCCAAAGUGAUUUUCAGUCCCAAAGAGGUGGAGCUUGGGUACCUCAUUCAGGGUGGUGAUGCUGUGGUAUUUGUGAAAUCCAAUGAAAAUCUACAGAGCAAGAAAGAGGCCAGGUUGCAUCGACUUAAAAUGCACGGCAGCUUCUUCAAGGAAGGCACCAAUGAAACGGGAGAUAUAAAGAACGAACAGCCAGUGACGCAGUCCACUAACGUUGCGACGACAGAAAAGAGGGUGGAAACAACCACGAAGAAAGCCACAAGCUGAGACCUGAUCCUGUUUAGUGAUUUACAAUAAUUAAUGCUGUGAACUUUGAUGCUGUUUGCAAUCAAAUUAAAGACUUUAACUUCUUCAGUGAAGUAUCAGGAGAUCAAAAUGGGUAUGUUGAAUAGGAAAUCUUGAAAUGUGCAACAAACUGUGUUAUGAUAGACAAAAAUAGCUGCACCCAGAAGGAACCAGGAACAAUAAAUGAUGAAAUCAGUGUGUGCAUCAGCUGCCGGAGCCCUGAGAGAGCACGUUUGGCCUUGCUCUCUUGUUGGGUAGGUAGAUUGUGCUCUUUCCUCUCAUCACUCCAAAGGGUGAUGUCGAUCAGCACAAGGUGUCUGUGAGCUGAUGUAUUGGAACCGAGGCAUGUGCUAGUCUUCACCCUCCUGGUGUUGGAGCAUCACUAGUGAAACUUUGAAAAAUUGACGACCCCUGCCAUAUGCCUUAGGACACUGCACUGUCUACUGUGGGUGGUAAUAAUGCCUUCUACGACGUAUUCCUGGUAUACAUGUGACACUGUGGAUCUAGGAAUGUUAAAUGCCUGCAAAAAUUUGGAAUAGGAACAUUCCUUUUAUCUGGUGCCCACUAUUAGGCCUUGCUCAAACUCAAACAGCAACUUAAACAGGUGUGGGUGUGCUUAAACCAUCAUUACAACAUACUGCGAUCCCAUGACUUGUUGGGUAGGUAGAUUGCGCUCUUUCCUCUUAUCACUCCAAAGGGUGAUGUCGAUCAGCACAAGGCGUCUGUGAGCUGAUGUAUUGGAACCAAGGCAUGUGCUAGUCUUCACCCUCCUGGUGUGGGAGCGUCACUAGUGAUAGGGGGAGUCCUAAUGAGUGGGUUGGGUAAUUGGCCAUGUAAAUUACCCUGAUUAACACUGAUUUGUUGGACAUCUCCACCAAAACAAACACGGGAAACAUCAAUGAAGAUGAUAUUUCCCCCAUAUUAGUUCUAAUUGUACCUGGUAACCUUUAUUUACCAUUUCCAUUACAGUGCAUUUAAAUCAGACACUUCCUUCUGGUUGCAACUGUUUUUUAUAUACCAUAUAUGGAUUCAGCAUGACAGCUUCAGCUUGAUGGGAGCUUUAGUAUAGACUUUAGGAUUGUUAUAGGUAUAGUACUGUGUUACAUUAUAUUAUUUAACUAAAAUAUGUUACAUAUCUUAUAGAGUUAAUUUACUGUCCAAAUCGCACACUGCGUAAAUUGACUAUAUCAAUUUACUACUGUAAUUAUUAUAUAAUUACUGUAAUAUAUGUUGUAGCUACUACUGCCUUAUCAUUCACAUCAUAUCGUACGGUCAAAACAUUCCACAUUCCACAAUGUAGCGCAUAAUUAAAACUGAAGUAAUUCUGUGUGGAAAGUUGAGACUGUUUGAAGAUACAAACAUAAUGCUGUACAUUUUUUACGCACAUAAAUGUGAACCUAAAUUAGUGCUGUCUCUAUUAUAGAACGCUGUAUUCCCCACUGUAGCUUCCAUGAAAAAUAUGAUUUGCUUCUGUGUGUAAUAUAUUUGUAAUAUAUAUAUUUGUACUCCAAACGAGUGUUCUUCAUGAA